CCUGCCCGGAGGCUAUCUAACCAUUUUGUCACUCACAAAUACUAGGAUUGCAGCAUUUCAGGGGUGAAAAAUUCUAAAUUGGGUUUUCAUGCUUGGGGUUGCGGACAGCCUUACAGAGCUACCCGUCGUUCAACCGACAGCCCCGACUUCGGUGAUGGAGCGCAAGUGAAGUCUCGCAAACUUCCGCAGUGUGUUUCCAUGGCGGCGGCGGCGGCUAAUCCUGUCUUUCUCGGUUACAAGCCACUCCAGCAGAUGAAAUCCCCUCUUGAGCGACUUGUCUACAAUGUAGUAUGUAAAUUCAACAUACAGGCACAAUUUUCGGGUUCACGGAAAACUGCUCAGCCUAUUGUUAGGGAUGAUCUUACAUUGGGAGAGUUCUCUUUGUCAGGGGGAGGUUUAAAGGGAGACAUGGGCAGUUUGGAGAAUAAGAUAACGGUUUCUGUGGUUUCCUCUAUCUCAGAAGUUUCAUCAGAACAGUGGAAUGCAUGCAAUCUUGAUGCUACUGGUCCUCAACAGUUUAACCCCUUUCUUUCCCACGCUUUUCUUUCAAGCUUAGAGGGAUCUGGCAGUGCAGUAAAGGAGACAGGAUGGAUACCGCAACACAUCAUUGCUCGGGACGAAUCAAAAAAUGUUUUAGGUGCUAUUCCUCUAUAUCUGAAAAGCCAUUCAUAUGGUGAAUAUGUGUUUGACAAUUCUUGGGCCAAUGCCUAUUACAGUUAUGGUUUGAGCUACUAUCCUAAAUUGCAAUGCUGUAUACCUUUCACUCCUGUUACUGGCCCACGGAUUUUAGUCCGAGACACAUCAUACCGAGAGGAAGUUUUUGACAUGCUAGUUUCUGCAAUGAAGGAUUUGGCGAUAAGGCUUAAGGUAUCAUCUCUUCAUAUUACUUUUAACACCUCAAAUGAGUGGGACAACUUGGGGGAAAGAGAUUUUUUGCAAAGGAUUGGAAUACAGUAUCACUGGAGAAACCGUAACUACAAAAACUUUGAAGAUUUUUUGAUGGACAUGAAGCAAAGCAAAAGAAAAAAUAUCCGUCAAGAGCGUAAGAAGAUUCUUGCGCAAAAUCUGACAAUGAAGCGCCUAAGAGGAUAUGAAAUCAAGGCGAGGCAUUGGGAUACUUUUUAUCAGUUCUACAGGAAUACAACAAACAAUAAGUGGGGUAAUACUUAUUUAACGAGAGAUUUCUUUCACACGAUGGGUUCCAAUAUGGGUGACCAAGUACUGCUUAUUGUUGCCGAAGAAGGAGAUGAGCUAGUUGCUGGAGCUCUUAAUCUUAUUGGUGGGGAUACAUUGUAUGGGCGCUUGUGGGGGUGCCUUCCAGAAGCCUAUUUUCCGAAUUUGCAUUUUGAAGCUUGCUAUUACCAGGCAAUUGAAGCGGCGAUAGAACUCAAACUUCAAAAAGUUGAGGCCGGAGCUCAGGGGGAACAUAAAAUCCAAAGGGGGUAUCUGCCAGUCACCACUUAUAGCAGUCAUUAUCUUCUGGAUGAAGAUUUCAGAGAUGCCAUUGGCGAAUUCUUGGCACGAGAAGCUGCUGAGGUUAGACUUGUGAUGAAGUUAUUGCAUGAUUCAGGUCCAUUCAAGGACAAUGUGUAGCUAUAGUAGUGGAUUAGUUAGUCUUUAGUAGGAUCUUUCUCUCAGGGGUGAUGCUGGAGGCAAUUUUUUCUUCUUAUAAAGUUCAAGUAUCUUCAAGUCUUUAACAACGCACUGGUUGCUCGACACGUACUUUUCACGUGUUUUAUCCGGUGGAAUCGUCGGCUUAUCACCUCAUAACCACCAGUCUUCCUCCGUCAGCCGCCGGUCAUCCUUCUGCUCCUACCCGAAUUUCGACUCUUCUCAACCCGUUUCCGUUAUUCAAUCACGUUCGGGUCAUCGGGUGAUCCAGUGUCGUACUUGAGCUGAAUCCGGGUUAAGCACUUCUAGUAGAUGCCAUGCCGAUUUCAGCGUUGAAAGUUUGUUGAUGUUUCAAUCGGUGGAGAUUUGGUGUCAGGAUGAUGGGGUAUGAGAAUCAGGAUUUCGAAGAGGCGCAUCUAUAUGCAUCAAAGGAAGAAAUGGAGUCUCUCUUCCUCAACGACGAUCAGGACGGCUACUCUAAUGGCCGCAAACCUUUCUCCGAUCCAUUAUCAGCUUCGCCCCUACCGUUCGCUGAAAUCUCUACUAACGAUGACCCCCUGAACCCUCCUCCUACUCAGACUCAAAACCCUAACUCCUUCAAUUCCAUCCUCGAACCUCCCUCUUACGCGGAUGCUAUUUUCCGGUCCUUUGACGCCGACCACACUCCGGUUGAAGUCAACGGACACGACCAAUCGGGAGAGUCUCCUUCUUCUUCGUCCCCGUCUGCGGCAAUGUCCGAAUACCUUCAGAUCACAGUGUCCGAUCCGCAGAAGGAACAGGAGCUCUCGAAUUCUCUCGUUCCGGGAGGGAACACUUACGUGACCUACCUCAUAACUACGACAACGAACUUACCUCGGUACAGCAGAACUGAAUUUAGCACCAGAAGGAGAUUCAGAGACGUUGUGACAUUGUCGGACCGGUUAUCAGAAGCUUACCGGGGCUUUUUCAUCCCAGUACGGCCUGAUAAGAGUGUGGUAGAAAGUCAGGUGAUGCAGAAAUACGAGUUUGUGGAGCAGAGGAGGGCGGCAUUGGAGAAGUACUUGAGGCGGCUGGCAGCACACCCUGUCAUUCGGACUAGUGAGGAGCUGAGACUUUUUUUGGAAGCACAAGGGAAAUUGCCGCUGGUGAAGACCACUGAUGUUGCAUCCAGGAUGCUGGGUGGGGCAGUGAAUCUUCCAAGGCAGCUCUUAGGGGAGACCGGAGGAGCAGGAGCUUUAGACCUGAAUGAGAUGGUUCAGCCUGCCAAGGGAGGGAUGGACUUGUUGAGGAUGUUUAAGGAGUUGAGACAAUCAGUGACAAACGAUUGGGGUGGGGUGAAGCCGUCUGUCAUGGAAGAGGAUAAGGAGUUUCUGGAGAAGAAAGAUAUGUUGCAGGGGUUUGAACAGCAGCUCACAAAUGUGUCUCAGGAGGCUGAAGCACUUGUGAAAGCACAGCAAGACAUUGGAGAAACAGUUGGGCAAUUGGGCCUAGCCUUUGUUAAAUUGACUAAGUUUGAAACGGAGGAAGCCAUUUAUGACUCUCAAAGAACAAGAGCUGCAGACAUGAAAAAUGUGGCAACUGCUUCUGUUAAAGCAAGCAGAUUAUAUAGAGAAUUAAAUGCACAGACAGUCAAACAUUUGGAUAAGCUUCAUGAAUAUCUUGGAACGAUGUUGGCUGUCAAUAAUGCAUUUUCGGAUCGGUCUAAUGCAUUAUUGACAGUACAGACGUUGGUAUCAGAACUGUCAUCGUUAAAUUCCAAGAUUGAAAAGCUUGAAGCUGCAUCCUCUAAGAUAUUUGGUGGGGACAGGUCUAGAAUUCGUAAAAUAGAAGAGCUGCGAGAAACUGUUAGAGCCACUGAGGAGGCCAAAAGUUGCGCUGCCCGAGAAUAUGAGCGCAUUAAGGAAAACAAUAAGAAUGAACUAGAGAGAUUAGAAAAGCAGAGGCAUGAUGAUUUCAUGAGCAUGUUGAGAGGAUUUAUUGUUAAUCAGGUAGGAUAUGCAGAAAAGAUUGCUAAUGUUUGGGAGUCAGUGGCAGAUGAAACAAGUGGAGGUGCUAAACAAGUUGGAUGAUUUUAGUUGAUAUUUUCUUAGCUUUUUGUUCCCAAUGUCAUGUAAUUCAAUUGUGUACAAUGUAAUGGAUUUGUUGAUAGAGAGCAAGAUUAACAUUCUCCUUCGAGGCUGAAGAUUCUUAAAUUGAGAGAGUAGAGCCGUGGAUGAGAGGUUCAAUGGUAUUUGUGGAAGUACAUAGGCUCAUUUUUUUCUACUGCAUCUUAUGUUCUAAAUGGUUUCAUGCGUUCUACAUUGAUCCUCCAAAUUUGUAGUCUUGUAGACAUUUGGUUUGGUCAAUGCUGCUUAUACUGCUGCUACUCUGCGUGAUUGCUCGACCGCCAAAUCGGAUUGUCGAAUAUCUUGAUGUCAUGCCCGGGGAUCAUUUCGAAUCUACCCGACUGGGUAGCAUGGACUUGGGUUGUAUAUAUUGUGUGUUGUAAACUUUCAAUGUUGCACGGUUGCAUGCACCUGGUGCCAAAUGUCAAAUAUAUAAGACUUUCUGAUGUAAAUAAUACAAAGUGAAGUCACAACAGAUUGAAUUAUAAAAAAUGCC